CUUCACGAAAAUUAGAUGAAAUAACACAUAAUUCAUGCAUUGUUUUUCAAACGGCUGAAAAAUUUGAACAAAAAUAAACGUGUUUUUUGUCCGGGAUUUUUGAUGAUGGCAAUGAGCUCGAAGUCGCCCGUUAGCAAAGUCAGUAUGCCCAAAAAUGUGAGCCAAACUUUUACAAACGAAGAAAUUCGGAGGCUACAAAUGCGGUUUAAAAAACUGGACAAGGAUAAUGAUGGGAAGCUGUCAAUCAAGGAGCUGAUGUCGUUGCCCAAUAUCACCAACAAUCCCCUCAUGUACAGGAUUGUGGACAUUUUGGACACUGACGGGGACGGGGAGUUGGACUUCGAGGAGUUCAUUCAAGGCCUAUCUCAAUUCAGUGUCAAAGGCGACAAAAUGGCCAAACUUCACUUCUCAUUCCAGAUCUACGACAUUGACAAAGAUGGAUACAUAUCCAACAGCGAGUUAUACCAAGUAUUGAAAAUGAUGGUGGGCGAGAAUCUGAAGCCGAAGGAGUUGCAGCAGGUAGUGGACAAGACCAUGUUUCUCACUGACACUGACGGAGAUGACAAGAUUUCAUUCGAUGAAUUUAGUAAAGUAGUCGAAUCCAUGGACGUGUUUCAGAAGAUGGUAGUCGAAAACAUUUGAACUGGAAACAUA